GGCAAGUUGAACGUCAACUUCACUCAUUUAUACUCUUUCUUCCCUUUCUCUCGCUUCUCUCUCUCCUUUCCCCGUCUGGAUCCCCUUACAUGGUGUCAUUCCGUCUCCUGCACGCCUAGCUCAAUUUCAAGCCCUUUUCUUUAUCGCCCUCUCCCGGCAUUUGGAUUACCAUAUCGAAACGCAAACCGAACACUUGGCGCAAACGUGGCCGCAGCCGCUACAAUCCCCAGCAGUUGUAUUAUUUAUGAGCUGCAGGUCCCCGACCAAAACCUCAUGGUCUACUCUUUCCCCUGAAAUUGAUAGAAUCCUGAUUUCCAUCCUUAUGCUAUAAUUGAUUUUCUUUCCCUCAUUCCUCUCGUUUCACCACUAGUUCUAUGGAGAAUACUGCAUCUACCUCGGGAUUCCUCUCAUUACUGUAUCCGUCGACAUAAAAAAAAGCAGUGUCCGAUUGAAACCCCCCACCUUCCCCUUUGCCUUAUCGGUUGGAUCCCUAAGCACAGGGAUCCAGUGGUUGAGUGAAGGUUCUUACUCUUUCCCUUUUUAUUUUCUGUGUGUUACGGAAGAUUGAGACAAGGUGGCUUCAGAUAGUUCGCAUUUGCUGGGCCAGGAGGAGGUCAGGGACACCGAGCCGGUUCUCGACGCCCCCGAUUCCGAUGACGAAAUGUCUACGAAUCGACCCCCCAUGCACCGAUCCACGGACGGCCGGUCACAACAGCCGCUUUUGAAAGAUGAGCGCGGGCGAUUGUCAAAUUCCAGCUUUGGGAAUGGUGCUGCUGCGGAAGGCAGGCCUAUGCUGCAUCACCAUACCCGACGGCCGACAAUCAGGAGCAGCAGUCCCGAACACAACGCCGAGCAGGACACUCGGCGAAAAUAUAUCAUCGCGUCCGGUUUCUUGUUGCUGAGUUUGGCUAGUUUUGUGGUACAGACCGAGACCGCCGUAUAUAUCUCGAGCGAACUAGGCUGGGACAAGCCCUACUGUAUGCUUUAUCUUACCCAUGGUUCAUGGACCCUUCUCUGGCCAGUCCAACUCCUUAUUCUUCGGUUACAGAAGAGGAAAAUGUCUUGGGACGCAUUCUGGCGACGUCAUAUCUUCCUCCUUCGAACGACCGCGCAGAUGGUUGAAUCUCAGGAUGUGCAUGUAUCCUCCCGCCGUUCCCCUAUUCCGUACAUGCUCAAAACGACCGCGUUCGUAACCCUAGCCCUCACCGUUGCCGGCGGCUCCUGGUACUUGGCUGUCAACAUGACAACCGCGAGCGACUUAACCGCCAUCUACAAUUGUUCCGCCUUUUUCGCCUAUGCUUUCUCCAUCCCACUUCUUAAAGAUAAGCUUCGGUUCGAUAAGGUAUUUGCUGUAAUUGUGGCCAUUGUGGGCGUUCUCGUGGUGGCAUAUGGAGAUGGAGACGAGGGGAAUCAUGCAGAUGGCACGCCGGGUAAAGGACAAGGCCAAGUAAGAAAUAGACUCUUGGGCAACCUUAUCAUCGGCAUCGGUAGUGUGCUCUAUGGCCUGUACGAGGUGCUAUAUAAGAAGUUUGCGUGUCCCCCGGAAGGCACCAGUCCCGGACGCAGCAUGAUCUUUGCCAACACCUUCGGCAGUCUGAUCGGAUGCUUCACCCUGCUGGUUCUCUGGAUUCCCCUACCGGUCCUUCACAUCCUCGGUUGGGAAACCUUCCGUUGGCCCACCGGAGAAGCCGCCUGGAUGCUCCUCAUCUCCGUCUGUGCCAAUGCUACCUUCUCAGGAUCCUUCCUAGUCCUCAUCUCGCUCACCUCACCGGUCCUCUCCUCGGUGGCCUCCCUCCUCACCAUCUUCCUCGUCGCCAUCGUCGACUGGCUACGAACAGGCCAACCCCUCGCCUCCGCCUCCAUCAUCGGCGGCAUCCUCAUCAUCACAGCCUUCUUCCUCCUAAGCUGGAGUACCUACCGUGAAAUGAACGAGGAGCGGAAAAAGUCCCUCGAAAACGACCAAGUCGAAUCCGACAGCGACGACUAGAUUGUCCAUUCCACUCAUCUUAUCAAUCAAGAUAGAACCCUAUAUCUGUGCUCCAUCUUCAUCUGGGUUUUUGAGAAGCCUGCUUGCCACUUAUUUGUAUAACCAUCCUUUCCUCUCUCCUAUAAAUUUUUUAUAUCUCUAUUCUCAUUCUUUGGUUGGGCUAUAUUAUAGACUUGAUUUACUUCUUUAUUUAUUUUGUUGUUGGUGGUGUUUCUUAGAAUGCCGAAGGCCAUUCCAUUCUUGGUCAAUGUAUAUUCCUUACCACUUGUCUUGUACUUGUGUUUCCUUCUCUCGUUUCUUUUUAAUGGGAUAAAGUGCUGUGUUUGGGGUAUAAGAGUAGGGGAGUUUUCGAAAGUUCUCGCCCGAGGGUGCAAAACAUGCGAUCUAUAUACUACUUCUAUACGGUCGACUUUUGGGUUUCAAGGGAAUCAA